AUGGCGAGCAUCAUCGAGGAUCUCGCAGUGAAUAAGCGCUCCUCUGCUCCCAACGAAAUGCCAUCACCAUCACCGGCACGAGAGCGCUUCCGUUCGCGGUCGCGCUCACCCGCCCCAAACCAUCACAACGCGCGCUCGCGGUCGCCCUCCCGAUCGCGCAGCAGAUCGCGCUCCUUGCCACGUAACGGUGGCGGCGGCGGCAGCGGUAGCACACGCAAUCGGGACGAUAGUCGUGGCCGUAGUUACAGCCGAAGCAGAAGUCCAAGCUACAGCCGCAGCCGCAGCUACAGUCGCGGACGAAGCUACAGCAGGACCCCGAGCGGUCGCAGUGACAGUCGCAGCUGGAGUCGUAGUCGCAGAGGCAGCGAGGGACCGCUGGCAAAGAGCACAAAGAUUGUCGUGGAGCGUUUGUCAAAGACGAUCAACGACGACCAUUUGUACGAAAUCUUUGGCAAAUUUGGUCGCAUCAAGGACCUUGACCUUCCCGUCAACCGAACCUUCGGCACGAAUCGAGGCACCGCAUACAUUCUGUACGACCACGAAGCCGAUGCCGAAGCAGCCAUUGCCAACAUGCACGAAGCCCAGGUUGACGGUGCUAUAAUCCACGUCUCCAUCGUGCUUCCCCGGCGCAAACUCUCACCGCCACCGCCGACCGCCCGCCGCGGCGCAAACAUUGACCCCCGCGUGCCGUUCACGGGCGGGGGCCGAGGGGGCGGCGGUCGACGUCGCAGAGGCGGUCCGCCAAUGUCCCCUCUUGGAGGAGCAGGAGGUGGCGGUGGUGGCAGAUACGGACCACGUUCAGAUGUCUACCGUCCUGGCGGCGGCUCGUCGCGUUCGCAGUCGCCGCCGCCUACUCGGGGCAGCGGCGGCGGCCGCGGCGGUGGAAGCAGAUACAGGAGUCGCUCGCGAGCCUCUUAUGCGUCGCGGUCACGGUCGCCGCGGCCCCGAAAAGGCAACGGUGGUGGGGGUGGCUAUGGCCGACGAAGUCGCAGUAUCGACAGCCGCGAUGAUCGCAGCCAAAGCGGCUACUGA